AUGUCCUCGGUCUCCAACGACAUGAAAGGGCGAGGCUCUCAGAUGCUGGCCGGCAGCGUGCGGGUGCUUCUCUACGUGCGACUGCUGGUGUUUGUCUCCGCUGUCUUCGAUUUGGUCCAUUACACUUCCUGGGCCUACGAAGUCCUCGCCCGUCGGCUGGUCUCGGUUCUUGUAGUGUUGCUGCUUCGCUAUUGGGGCGGUGGCGUGCCAGCGGCAGCGAAAGAGCUGAAAGGCAUAGCCUCAGACUUUUCCCACAUCGCGAGGACUGCGUUGCUCUGUUACCACGCUUCUUGGUCCGAAGCUUUCAAGGAGGGCAUGAUCAGCGCAUGCCUUAUGUUCCGGUACACCAACUAUGGGCCCUUUGGCCAUAUUUUCGACUUGCUGGUGGUAGCUCCUGUGGCGGCGCCCCGGAGACUCUUCAAGCUUUUCGCCAGCAGAGCCAACUACUUUGAGCCUCCUCUCAGCGACUCGGAGUGGUACCACGUCGUAGGCAUCGAGGCUCCGAGAUGCUUGGUCUUGCUUGUGGCCGGUUUCGGAUUGGCGAUUUACUGCGAGAACUUGGUGCACCGCUACUUUGGACAUCGAGUCUUUUCAACCUCGCGCGCUUGGAACCUAGUGCUCGCAGCCAUUCCUUGCUACAUUGCCAUGCCGCCGCUUUUCUUCGCAAGCACACACCGGAGACACCACAAGUACUGCGAGGAGGAGGGAGAUCCACAUCCGGUCAAUCAGAAAGGCUUCCUCUAUGGUGCAAUGUUCUGGCUUGCCGACCGGGAGAAUUUUAAGAUCAGAGAGGAAUACAUCCCAGACUGGCUGGAGGAACGCCCCGAGCUGCUCGUCUUCGAGCUUUGGCAGGCUCAGAUCGCGAUGGGUGUGAGCUAUGUAUGUGUGGGGGUACUCAGCAUCUUCCUCGCCCCAGUGUGGUUCCCGGAAAACUUCUGGGAGUCUCCGUUCAUGGUUGCCUUCCUGACGGGGAAAACGCUUGGGACGGCCAUGGUGGCUGCUUUUACGGCUUUCGGGCAUACCUGUCCUUUCUGGCCUGCCUGUUUGCCUUUGAGGUGGCCUUUCGGGAGCAAGGGGGAUGAUCCACCAAAGGCCCAAGCAUCCCAAGAAGGCCUCGGCCCAUGCAUGUCCACACAUAGGUCCUGGUACUGGUGGAUGGCAGGGAGCGAAUCAGACCACGACCAGCACCAUGCAUGCCCCAUCUAUGCAGUCUAUGGCCCGUGGUACCACGACUGGUCUUACUGCACCUAUGCUGCCAUGGAGAAGUGUGGCUUGGUCUGGUCAGUAAAAACACCCUGGGCCAAGGGGUGGAAGCCUCAUAGUAGCUGA